AACUACGUCACCGGAAACAGGAACUAGUUUUUUGCGGAAGUCAGUUUGCGGCGUUUCUCGUCUAAUUGCGAAGAAUAUUUAGCGUUUUCUGUUGGUAGUAAACAUUCGUUAUCUUUGUAGUGGGUUGGAAAGCAUAUAGUUGCAAACAUGUCUGACAACGAAGACAAUUUUGAUGAUGGGGAUUUUGAUGACGCCGAAGAUGAUGAUGGGCUGGAUGACCUGGAAAAUGUUGAAGAUGAGGAUGCGGAGCAUGUCCAGAUUCUACCUGCGGGAGAGGGGCAGCCGCCCAACCAGAAAAGAAUCACCACGUGCUACAUGACCAAAUACGAGCGGGCCAGAGUGCUGGGAACCCGUGCCCUGCAGAUAGCAAUGUGUGCGCCGGUGAUGGUCGAGCUGGAAGGAGAAACGGAUCCUCUGCAAAUUGCAAUGAAGGAACUGAAGUGCAGAAAGAUCCCCAUCAUUAUCAGGAGGUACCUGCCUGACUCAAGCUACGAGGACUGGGGCUGUGAUGAGCUCAUCAUCACUGACUGAGACUGAGCCUUGAGACAGGAGCCCAGCAAUGGCAGGGCCCUGCUGGAGCCCUGCUGGAGCCCGCUGUGGGGAGAUUGCCAGGCUGACUCCCCCCCGCUGCCUUCCACCUUGCAGAGUGAUCUGGACAUUCCUGUGUAGUAAAGCGCACCAGGUUGGUUGCAUAUUCUCCAUUGCAACCAUCCCAGUUUGAUGACAUGCAGGUUUUGUGUGUACAUUGCAUUGAAAUAACUGGGUCUAGUGUUUUUACAGCCAUCAUCCUCAAGAGGGAGCUAAACAUCAAGGUAAUUGGGUGGGAAAUGCUCUUGCUGCAGUUGAUCAGAUGAUUCUGAACAUUGGUAAUGUGACAGCAGCACAAUGUUUGUAAGAAUAUUUUACAAGUAUUUUUUUAUUAAUAAAUACUGUCUUAAGGAA